UUCAAAGGAAAAAAAAAAGUGUAUCAAAAUAAGAAGAAGAAAAUAAGAAGAAGAAGAAGAGGCAACAAUGGCAUUUGAAAGAUCAUGCUUCUUCUUGUUUUUCUUCUUCCUUGCAAUUGGCUUGGCUUCCUCUUCCCCAAACCACGUCUCAUAUGAUGCCCUAAAUGGUCACAUGCUAGGAGGCCGCGCCCUUCUUGAAAAGUUGUAUGUGAAGGACGAUUGCCCCGUUGAUUUCGAAAAGGAAGACUUGACACCCAUCACAGGAACUUGCAAAGGACCUUACUACAACCCUCUUGUGUGUUGUAACGCCUUCACGCAGAUAGCUUGCAAGUACGCAGAACUUAUUAAUAACGUCGAAAACGGGUGUUCAACUGGACUGUUUUAUGCCUUGAAUAAGCAAGGAGGUUAUCCAAAUAAUCUUUUUGCACAAAUUUGUAAAGGAGAUAAAGAAGGAUUGCCUUGUGAUAAGCCAAAGGCGGCUGCUAACAAGGGUAGACAUUAAGUAAUGAAAAUCUGUUUUUUAAUGAUAUUGGUUUGUAAUAUAGCCUUUGUCAUUCAUUUUUUAUGAAACAUGGGUUAAAAAUUUUAAUAUUGAAUUUAAUUUAGUAUUCAUGAUGAUGAUGAGCUUGUAUUUUUAGGAUGUUUGUCGAGACAGAAAUAUAUCGUAAUAGUUUGUUUAAAA